AUGUCAUAAGUUAAAUUUUCAGGUUUACCCUAAAAUCCUUAACUAAUAAACUCAAUUGAAUAAUUCUUGGUUGACUCCAAUACACUUAUUAGAAAUGUAAGUCUUUUCUAAUUUAGGGAUAUUAUCGUAAAUGUGUAUUACAUUUGGAUGGUUAAUAUAAAAAACUGCUACCAAUUGAAUCACCUUUACUUUUAAGAAUAAAAGUCUUGAGACGAUUAUAUUAUUGUACAUUGAUGUAUUUCAAAGUAAAAAUCAACAAGGGUGAAAUUAAUUAAGGUAAAAAUUAGUUUAUACUUUGGAAUCGGUUGUAAUUAUAUUUGAGAGAUUUUCAUGAUAAUAUUUCACUCUUGAAGAUCUAGUAUAAGAGUAAGUGAUAUUCAAAUUCUUAUUAGAAAAAUUUUACACUCAAGAAUUGAUAUCUUUAAUGAUUAAGGCAAUACUAUUUAGAUCUUAAUAUUAUUAAAAAAAUCAAUUAGUAGCAAGGGGUCUCUUGUAUUUUCAUUACCUUAAUAGUAGAAUAAUUGAAUAAGCAUAAAUUGAUAAAAUAAGGUUUUUCUUAAAUUUAUAAGGGUAAGAAAAUGUUCAAAUAAAAUAGUAAAUUUAAUUUGAUUACUGGAAACAGUUACUUUUAAUUGUAAAACUUUCAGGUAGCUUUAAAAUACUAUCUUAAAGGACUUGA